GAAAAAACAAAAAGAAGUAGCCACGGCCCACGUGAUCUCCCUCCCUCCCUCCAAAAUCCAAAACUAAUGUCUGCUCAGGUCUGACGUCCACCCAUCUGGAUACAUUAACCGUCAGUGGAUUUCCUUAAAAAAACAGAGAAACAGAAAAAACUCCGCCUCCCAUCCCAUCCCCAAUCCUAAAACACUUCCAUUUCCGUGUACUUUCUUUCUUGGGUUUGUUUCUAAUGGCUCAAGAAAAGGACAAGGGGAGAGAAUCUGAACAGUUCUUCUUGGAUGAGGAUGAUGGUUAUGUGACGGGUGAUGAUGAAGGUAUUGAAGUGAGCAAGAUUGGUGGUGGUGGUAGUAUCAGUAGCAGCAGUGAUUUUGAAAAUGGUGGGGGGGGUCAUCAUCAGGGUUCGGCUUCUGAUGCUUUCGCUUCUCAGCAAUGGCCGCAGAGUUACAGAGAGACUACUGAUUCUUAUACCAUCUCAGCAUCACCAAGUUUUGUACUUCUUGGACAAGGUCUACGUGCUAUAUAUUCAAGCUUUGAAGAUCGUACUAAGAGCAAUUUAGACCUGGAUGGAAAGUCUCCUUUACUCUCUGAUUAUGAAAGAAGUUAUCAGAAGGAAGACUUGGGUAGGAUCUCAAGAGCACAAUCAUCAAUAUCAGAGAAAGCCUCAUUGUAUAAGCAGCAGCUUACUGGGGAGCUACCCAUUGGUCAUGGGUGUAGCCUUACUCAGACUGUCUUCAAUGGAGUUAAUGUACUGGCCGGAAUUGGGCUUCUUUCUACACCUAACACAAUUAAAGAAGGUGGCUGGGCAAGUUUGGUAGUGCUAGUUCUUUUUGCAGUUGUAUGUUAUUAUACUGCCUCCCUCAUGAGAUAUUGCUUUGAGAGCAAAGAAGGUAUCGUAACUUACCCGGAUUUAGGAGAAGCUGCCUUUGGAAGAUAUGGACGUCUUUUCAUAUCUAUUGCUUUGUACGGUGAAUUAUAUUCCUAUUGUGUCGAAUUUAUUAUCUUGGAAGGAGAUAAUCUUACCAAGCUAUUUCCUGGAACAUCGUUGGAUUUUGCUGGUGUUCAUCUGGACUCUAUGCACUUGUUUGGAAUUCUAACUGCCCUCGUUGUUCUGCCAACUGUUUGGUUGAGGGAUCUCCGUGUGAUCUCAUACCUUUCAGCUGGUGGGGUGAUUGCAACAGUUUUGAUAGUUCUCUGUGUAUUUUUCCUUGGUACAACCGAUGGAAUUGGGUUCCAUCAAAGUGGUCAAGUAGUAAACUGGAGUGGCAUUCCAUUUGUCAUUGGUGUGUACGGAUUUUGCUAUUCCGGGCAUUCUGUGUUUCCAAAUAUAUACCAAUCAAUGGCUGACAAGACGAAAUUUAGCAAGGCAAUCGUAAUAUGUUUUCUUCUGUGUGUUCUAAUUUACGGUAGUGUUGCAGUCAUGGGAUAUCUCAUGUUUGGUCAACAUACAUUAUCCCAGAUAACAUUGAAUAUGCCACCAGAUGCCUUUGUUUCCAAAGUUGCAGUUUGGACAACUGUUAUUAACCCAUUGAACAAAUAUGCACUUUUGAUGAACCCUUUGGCGAGGAGUAUAGAGGAGCUGCUGCCGAUCAGAGUUUCAAAUAGUUUGUGGUGUUUCAUUCUCCUAAGAACAACACUUGUCAUUUCUUCGGUUUGUGCAGCUUUUCUUCUUCCAGUUUUUGGUCUUGUGAUGGCUUUAAUUGGUUCUCUCCUCAGUAUACUUGUGGCAGUAAUCAUGCCUGCUUUAUGUUUUCUAAAAAUUGUGGGGAAGAAAGCUACAAGGACACAGAUUGUUUCAAGUUCCACAGUAGCUGUAUUGGGCAUCAUUUGUGCAAUUCUUGGAACAUAUUCGUCGGUGUCAGAUAUUGUGAAGAGUUACUGAAAGAUUCAGGUGGUUCAACAUCUCAAGAAUACUGGUGGGUGCUGAUCAUCUCAUGUGUGUUCUUUUUGCAUUGCACCAAAUAUUCAAGUCAGUGAUUAUAGCCAGGAAUUAGACCUUUUUGGAUGCUGAUGCGCUUUAUUUAUUUCCAAGUAGCCUUUUAAGGACUUGUAUUAAACACAUUUUUUUCGUAAUUUUUUAUUGUUAUUAGCACCAUAGUUGGUGCUAAUUGAUGGGACAUCUAGUCAUUUCUUAGCUAUAUAA